UGCUCUUAAAAUUCAGUCGGAACGGAAAAUUCACACUGUAAAGAUCACGUUUUGUGCAUUAAGUAACACAUCACGAUGAGCGUAAAAUGUAUAUUCGUAUUCUUAGUUUUCAGUUAGUAUCUACGUGAGCAACUUCGAGACAUCUUACGUUGUUACGUAUGCAACAAUUCUCGGAGUUGUAAAUAAGAAUGUUAUAAACAGUGAUGAAUCUACGAUAAUCUCAUAGCCACUAUUGAAUACAAUUAAGUGAUGGUUCUAACUAGUCUUACCUUGGUGAUAAAAGGCAGGCAGUAUCAAUAUUCCAGCAAUCUCAGCUGGUGCCACAAUAUCUGGUUGAUCUUGAUCCAGGUAUUAUACUUGGCAACACCGUGGUAGCAUUUGAUUCAAAACAACACUGCACAAAAAUAAGGAAAACCUCCUUCAAUGGAACGAAAGCGUUCAAUAAGACGCCGCCAAAAGCCACCAUUUGCGGAGCGGGCUAAAGAUCAUUGCCGCAAUUUUACGGCAUUCAUGUUUAGCAAUGUAGGAAUUAUAUUCCUCGUUGUAUUAUACAUGAUAGCAGGUGCGUUCAUGUUCAUCGCGAUAGAAGGCAACGAAGCACUGGAGAGGUUUGCUCAAAUACCGUUUAAAAGGAACGAAACUGCUAUGAAAUUGUGGCAAAUAUCCUGCUGUGAAGUGAAUGUGUUCAACAAAAGUGUCUUCGAGGAAAAAGUAGGAAAUGAAAUACGAGCCUAUCAAGAAAAAAUAGUGCUCUGGGCUCGUCGUGGCUGGCAAGGCAGCGACAUCACCUUGGAGAGCGAAACUCCCUGGAGUUUUUCUGGAGCAUUUCUUUACUCAUUAACAGUUAUUACUACAAUAGGAUAUGGCAAUAUAGUCCCUCGCACCGAAUGGGGGAAAAUAGCGACAAUAUUUUAUACAAUAAUCGGUAUGCCGUUAUUUUUGCUCUACCUUUCCAACAUUGGUGAUAUUUUGGCUAAAUCUUUUAAGUGGAUAUAUGCAAAGUUUUGCCUGUGUCGAGUAUGUCCAGGAGUUGCUAGAAGGAGAGCAAUGCGAGCAAGACGAAGAGCACGUACGGAAGAGCGAGACUACUCGUCGGAAAUUGGUGACAAUGGAUUUGACACUAAUACCAUCACCACUUCUAACGUAGACGAAGAAAUUGAGGAGGAAAUCACUGCCGAGACGAAUACCGUCACCGUUCCAAUAACUAUCUGUAUUAUGAUAAUGAUAGGAUAUAUAUUUUUCGGAGCUCGCCUUUUUGCUGACUGGGAAAACUGGGACAUUCUCGACGGAAGUUAUUUUUGUUUCAUCUCUUUGAGCAGUAUAGGAUUCGGCGAUAUCGUUCCCGGUGCAUCGCAACUACGACAUUUCCCAUGAAUGUUGUCAACAAAGUACUGAUUUCCAGGUUUCCAGCCCGUAGGAGUAAUCGAGUAAUAUUAAUUAGUCAGGGAGUAUCCGGCGUAUCUGAAAUAGUCAGAACGGCGAAGUGGUUGUAGUGGUUAUGCCCGAUAAAUAUUCGAUAGACAAGUUUUGUAAUUUGGAUGAUAGUUGUACAGGGAUUUUCAGGGGUUCUGAUAAUGUUGGUACAUGUUCUGGGCUCUGUACUGGAAAGUUGAAGUUUCAUUAAGGGUACUUUCAUUACCGUCACAUAAGAUUCAAAUUGGAAGAAAUUAAUCACUAAAAGUAUUGAAGUGUAAAAGAGUCCAGAAAGUGGGAAAAAAAUUAUCACUUCAAGUUCGAAAAAGUAUAGAAAGUUACUGCACGGCCAUCAACAUUUUCAUUAAAAAAUGUAAAAAUGUACAUACAUUGCUAGCAGACAAAAUUUGACAGCUCUAUCAGUCGAACUCUAACCAUGAUGGCCAAAAUAUGAAUCAACUUCGUGUAGAACCGUGUGCAAUCAACGAAAUGUACCAUAUCCAAGACCAAAACGGACAUCGUGUAGAUGUUUGUGGACGUCGGAUAUUUAUACUUCCACUUCCGCAUCUACAACAUCUUGAAACUACUAGACAACAAUCAGAACAUCGAAAGCAGGUCCGGUUCCGGACGCAGGGUCAACAUGGCUGAAACAAUUGACGCCUAAUUGUAUGUACACUAGCGACGGAUUAACACGAGUGGAGCGGUUGCACAAAUGUAAGCCUUUCUGAAGGGUCGAGCGAGACGUUAUAUGAGGAAUUCUAAACCAGAAAAGUAUUGAGAAACAAAUUUACUAGUGAGCGGGGAAUGGAUCCAUUUUUCCGUGGCCCUUCGAGAACUCAUGGCACACGUGUAGUGCUUAAUGCGCCCCUGAUGUACACAACUGUACAACUGUACAACAACUGUGUGGACUUGUUAACUUGUAAACUUUACGUUCGAUAAAUUGCCAAAAUGGUGGCCAAACGUGGUGUGAAAAUAUUCGCCAUGCAACAGAUUGUUUUUUUAUGGACUUGACUUGGUAUAUCAUUGAAUAUCAUCGAUUUUGGCUUCUUGCUUAAUAGGACGACGCCAUUUGGAGGAGUGUCUGGUUGCACGAUCUUACUUACUUACUUAUCCGGCUUUACAACCGCUUUGCGGUCUUGGCCUACCUCAGGAGUGUUACAAACCACUCACAGUGAAGCAUUUGAAUAUUUGGUGAAAUAUCCAAGGAAACUACCAUUUCAUAUCAUUUUUGAUCAUCGCAUCGAUCAAAUUGGGGAAAGUGGCUGAAUGACGAAAAAAAUCCUAUCGAUGGAGGAAAUGGAUAUUUGAGGAAAUGGAGCGACUGAAUAUCGAUGUGACACCCUAGUCAGUCCCAUCAAGAAUUUCUGGACCAAAAUGGUACAAAAUAUCUAUUCCAACAAUUUUGUCACGAAAACUGAAGUGGAAUUGUUAAAAAUUGAAGGUAAAGCUUAUAAACAUGCCUACACGCAUGACUCUUCCGCCAUGGUGAACAAUCUGAGUAACUGACGGAAGGUAGCUUGCCAGGUCGUUGAUUUAUUCUGGCAUGUAAGUUUAAAUAAUUACCUUUCAAGGGAACUUUAUUAACAGCAGUUAUCUGUCUUAGUUUUUUUUCUAUUUUCUUCUUUUUCUUCUUCUUCUUUGGUUCAACAACCGCUGUUGGUCAAGGCCUGCCUGUACCACUAAUGGGCUUGGCUUUCAGUGACUUAUGGAUUACCUCAUAACAGGAUAGUCAGUCCUACGUAUGAGAUCAUGGUUUAUCCAGGACUUGAACCCAUACGGGCAUGUCGUUAAGGCAUACGAAUUGACGACUGUACCACGAGACCGGCCAUAUAGCCCGAAUCGUGACCUAUAGCCAUCCGAAUAAACUCAAUUUUUUGCAAACGUUACAGCGAAAUUAAAUAUUUGAACGUAAAAUAUCCGACAAAUGGUGGUAUAAUACAUUAGGUUAUAAUAAUUUACCCUAUACAAACUCAGAAAAAAUAAAGAUAAUUUUACUUUACACCUAUUUACUAGGCUCUCUUCGCUUUUGGGCAAAAUAGAAAUUAGACCAAUUUUCUAAGUACAGGCGGCCCCUGAGACACACGGUUAAUGUAGACCGAAAAUGGAUGGAAAAUACCGCGUACGUCGAAUUUCCGCGUAAAUCGAAUCUCAAGCCAAAAUAUUAUUAUUUUUUGUGUAUUUUUUCAAGAAGAGAUGGUUUUAGUCACUUAAUUAAUUAUUUGAUAUGACUCUGACUGAACAUGGUACCCUUCACGAUUCUAGUCAGAUUUUCAAAACAACAUGUCGUGUUUUUCAUUCUUCCCAAGGUGCGUUCAUAAAUCAGGUAGGACGAUGUUGUAUCGAAACAAAAAUGGAAAACUGCUGUACAAAGCAAACAAAUAACCGGCUGACAUUUCAGCCUACGAACUUAAAAUGUAAAGAGACUCAAAACAGUUUUAAACCUUUUGAAAUGGUCAUUAACAUUCGAUCAAGAGGGAAAUUAUCUGGAUUUUGACAAUUGAUGUGUCAAAUCAGUACAGUUUGCUCGAAAAACUGUCAAAGGGGCCCUUCACGAUUCUAGUCAGUUUUUUGUAUGGAGUUUGACAGUUGGAGGCUGAAAUCAUGUAAACACUCCAUACAAAAUCACACAAAAAACUAGCCUGCAAUUUUCAGUCUAGAUUAUUCUAGCCUCAAAGGUAGAAUUAGAUUUGAGUACCUGCUCGCAAACACGGUGUUGUUUACAUUUAUCCCAAGGUGCAUUAAAGAGAUCACGUGGUGAAAUCUAGAACCAAAGUGUAUGUAGUCCAGGUGGUCUCAUAGCAUGUUUUUUAAAACCAAAUUUGAAUAUCACUUUUUGACAGGAUGGGUGAAAACUUUUGUUCAAACAAGCUUUCUGGAGGCUUGGCGAAAACACAAAUCACUCGUAAAAUCUUCAUUCAGAAGUAGAAGCGAUAAAAAUCAGCCUUUUAAAUUCAUACACUUUGGGAUAAGCCCACCUGUAUAUUAUACACACUUAGAUAGCUGCUCGAAAACUGCUAUUCAAUGCGAACAGCUGACAGGCUGAAAUUUCAGCCUACGAACUUACAACGGAAAGGGCACCAAAUUUAGAAACACGCAUACAGGCGUAUCUCAGGGACAUACACGGUUAAUGAGGACCGAAAACGGCCGCAAAAUACCGCGUAUCUCGAAUAUCCGCGUAAGUCGAAUCUCGUGUUUUCCAGCCCAAAUAUCACUAAUCUUCGUAUAAUUUUGCAAGUAGUGGGUGGUUUUAGCCAUCAAAUUAAUUAUUUUAUAACCUAUGAAAAUGUUUUUUAAUAUUCGAUUAAUAAGAAAAUUA